AUGCAGUCCUUCACCAUCGCCACCAUUCUCGCCCUCGCCGCCGCUGCCCAGGCAGGCCCCCUUGCUAUCCGGGACGUCUGUAACUCCGCUCCCUCGGGCCCUACUACCGCCAACGUCAGCCCGCUCUCACAGCCGUCCGCCGCCACUGCGGAGGCCUGCCAGAAGCUUUGUGAGGUCGACCCCAGCUGCCAGAGUUUCAUCUUCGGCCUCCCGGAGUCCGGCACCACGCCCCAGUGCCAGCUCUACGCCGUGCCCGCCUCGCAGGUCCCCAAACAGUCCAACGCCAACCUGAUGGUGUUCGACAAGGCCUGUUCUGGCGUGCCCACGACAGCCCCGACCAAGGCCGGUAGCGAUAACAACGGCAGCACUGGCGGCAACGGCAACCAGAACGGCGGUCAGCAGCCCAAGAAGCGCACCAACGUCUGUGGCGCCGCCCCCGCCGGCCCAGCGACCAGCAACCCCACUCCUAUCCUGAGCCGACAAGACAUCACCGACCAGGACGCCUGCUUGGCUCUUUGCAAGCAGACCACAGGUUGCCAGGCCAUUGAGUUUGGCAAGCCUUCCGCCAACGAGCCGGUCCAGUGCCGGCUGUUCGACACGCCGGCGUCUAACCUUCCCGCGCCUACCAAUGGCCAGACAUUCGUCGCCUUCGACAUCGGCUGCUAA